GCAGUUUGUUUUUCAGAACAAGUUGUUUUCAUUAAGAUGGUAAAAUAUGACUGGCUUGAAUGCUGCAAUCUGAUUGGCCAGUGCGGACCGCGUGGGCCUGGUCAAACGUCUAUGUUUAUGUAGCCCAUCGUCAGUGUAUAUGUAAGUCGCAGCAGCAGUAAGGACGCUGCUCUCUUUGCCGUGUCAAACCACCGAUUUAAAUAUGGAGGAACAAUAACAGAGAAAACACGGAAGAAAGCCCCCGCGGGUAUGGCGGGGGCCUUUGUUGUUAAAGGCUGCCAGAAAAUUGGAGGUCCACAGAUCAGGAACCUGCUGGAGGCGAAGGACUUUUUCCUCUUCGACUGUGAUGGAGUCAUAUGGCACGGAGAGAAGGCGGUUUCCGGCGCUCCUGCCGUGGUCAACUCGCUGAUCCGCCGCGGUAAAAACGUUUUUUUUGUAACCAACAACUGCACCAGACCCCGGGAGAGUUAUGUGCACAAGUUCUCCAGGUUGGGCUUCACUGACGUGAUACUGGAGCAGAUAUUCAGCUCGUCCUAUUGCUCGGCCCUCUACCUGAGGGACGUGGUGAAGGUCCGCGGUCAGGUGUUCGUCAUAGGCUGCGACGGUCUGCGCAGAGAGCUGCAGGAGGCGGGCAUCCCCUGCGUGGAGGAGGCGAAUGAUCCGGACGCCACCAUCUACGACUGCCCCCUGGCUGCGGAUGUUAAAGCGGUGCUGGUGGGACAUGAUGACAAAAUGACUUUUCUUAAACUGGCCAAAGCCUCGUGUUACCUGCGGGACCCGGAGUGUGUGUUCCUGGCCACUGAUAAUGACCCCUGGCACCCACUGUCCGGGGGGAGGAUCCUGCCAGGUUCUGGAUCCCUCACUGCAGCACUGGAAGUGGCCUCCGGCCGCAAGGCCACUGUGAUCGGCAAACCCAGCCGCUUCAUGUUCGAGUGCAUCUCCAGUCAGUUCAGUGGUGUGGAUCCUGCCCAGUGCCUGAUGGUUGGGGACCGCUUGGAGGUCGACAUGCUGUUCGGCUCCAACUGUGGGCUGGACACCAUGCUCACUCUGACUGGUGUGUCCCAAAUAGAGGAGGCCCAGGAGUACAGGGAUAGCGAGCUGACCAGCAACCACAGCUUUGUGCCAGACUAUGUGGUGGAUACUAUAGCUGACUUCUUACCUGCUUUUGAGGAACUGGAGGAACAGAGCAGCUAAACCCGUUUCUCUUCACUGCACAGCGCAGACUGCAUCUACUGUGUCUUUAAGUGCAAUGUUUUAGUCUGACAUUUACAGAAUAAUAAAAAAAGAACAUUCCAGUCUAGGUUAAUCCAAAAUCAUAAAUGCUCUUCGGAACCAGAAUAUUCUCCUCAAACUGACCCACAGGUCGACUGCAUUCUUCAGUGCUUUCUCUAGUGUCGUACAUACAGUACUUCUGACUUCACAAUACAUUGUUACAUGUGGUUUAUAUCAAUACACGAAUAGACUGCACAUCGUCGUUAUGUUAGUUUAUCCGUCCUGUUUGGUCAUUGCAUUUGGAACAUAUCAGAGGUAUUUUUAUAAAACCAUGAAUUGUUCUGUCGUGACGUUCAUGUGUUUAGAACAGUGAUUCCAACCCAGUGUCACAGCACAUUAGUGUGCCGGGGGAGAUUAUGAUGUAUUGAGGAAAAUAUAAUUUUCCACUAAACAGGCAGAGAUUAAAUACUCUGCCACUAGGUGGUAGCAAAAUGCUAUAGUGUAAAACUUUAAACAGAAUCAGCUGUUGAGAUCUUAGUGCAUCUUUCUUCAAUUCCUAGGAGUUAAUUGCAGGAUAUACUUGCAUUGUAUUUACCAGCAUGUGUUCGACUAACAGGCACAGGUUUCACGCUGAGUAAAUUGUAUGUGAAUUAUAACUUGAAAAUCAUAUUUAUUUAUGUUUUGUGAUUUUUUAUUUUUGGUGGUGUGCCAUGGAGUUUUUCUAAUGUAAAAUGUGUGCUGUGGCUGAAAAAAGGGAAACAGUAGUUUAGAAGCUGGAUAUUUAAUUUUUUCUCAAAAAAACGUGUACUAAUUAGCUGCUCCUCUUACCUCUUAUACUGUAUAUUAGCCUGAAUGGGACCUAGCUCUGUUUAAUUAAUGGUGACUGGGGAAAUAACUGUGAUUUCUUUACGGCCCUGGCUGAGGCCACAAUGACAAUCCACAUGUCAUUUUAAGUGUCAUUUCACUUCAGACGUUACCUAUGUAUGAACUUACUGUGCCAAUAUUCACCAGUGUUAUAAACAGCUUCGUUAGAAAAGCCUGUGUAGUACAACAGCUGGUUGUACUACACUAUGAACUUUAAAUGUUGUUAAUGUUUACCAUUUAGAGCAUGCUGACACUGGGAACACUAAUUAAUGCUUGCGGGUGAAUUGAGAAUAUCCUGUGAAACACUGUUUUAUAUAAAAGUCCACGUCUGCCUGUUUAGAAUGUACGUGUCUACAUUAAAGGAACACCACAGAUUAUAUGCAAUAGUUAUUUAAUAAUCUUUUAAAGCCUGCAGUUUACAUGAAUGUAACACCAUCUCUGACAGCUCCUCUCCUGUAUCUACAGUUUGUCCUGCAGCCACAUCAUAGCUUCCUCUGCAAUUAACUGAACCCGUAAUGAGUAAAUACAACACCAGUGGUUAAAUGUGGGGAUGGCGGAAAUUGAUUAAAUAUCAGAAAACCUGCGGUUUGAGUAUUAACAGAUGAUGACAUGAAAAGAACAAUCCUGAAGGAAAGAUCGUACAGAAUGUCUUGCAAAACUAUAAGCUUUGGUUUGCCUUUACUGUGUCGCCAACUUAGCACAAUAAUACAAACACAAGUGAGCCUCAAAAAAAAAAA